CCUUCCCACUUCUCCUCCUCCUUCCCUGUUCUCCGCUCCGGUGCGGCGGCAAGCACUCCGGCGAGCGCGAUGAUGACCCUGGACCUGAUGGGAGGGUACGGGCGGGUGGACGAACAGGUGGCCAUCCAGGAGGCGGCGGCGGCGGGGCUGCGCGGGAUGGAGCACCUCAUCUCGCAGCUCUCCCGUGCCGGCACCGGCGAGCGGCCGUCGUCGCCGCCGCCAGGGACGGCUCCGGCGCAGCAACAUCAGCAGCAGCUGCCGGAGCAGAGCCACCCGCAGCAGCAGGUGGACUGCCGCGAGAUCACGGACAUGACGGUGUCCAAGUUCAAGAAGGUGAUCUCCAUCCUGAACCGCACGGGCCACGCCCGGUUCCGGCGCGGCCCCAUGGUGGCGCAGUCUCCGGGCCCGGCGGCCGCCUGCUCCGAGCCCGCGGCGCUCCCGGCGCGGUCAGCCCCGGCGGCGAGGCCCGUGACGCUGGACUUCACCAAGUCGGUGUCCGGGUACAGCCGGGACUCCGGGUUCAGCGUGUCCGGCGCCAGCUCGUCGUUCCUGUCGUCGGUGACGACCGGCGACGGGAGCGUGUCGAACGGGCGCGGCGGCGGCGGGUCGUCGUCGCUGAUGCUCCCGCCGGCGGCCGGGGCGGCCAGCUGCGGGAAGCCGCCGCUGUCGUCGUCCGGCGCCGGGCAGAAGCGCAGGUGCCACGAGCACGCGCACUCGGAGAACGUCGCCGGCGGCAAGUACGGGGCCAACGGCGGGCGAUGCCACUGCUCCAAGCGCAGGAAGCACAGGGUGAAGCGCACGAUCCGCGUGCCGGCGAUCAGCCCGAAGGUUGCGGACAUCCCCGCCGACGAGUACUCGUGGCGCAAGUACGGGCAGAAGCCCAUCAAGGGAUCUCCAUACCCGCGGGGAUACUACAAGUGCAGCACGGUGCGCGGUUGCCCCGCGCGGAAGCACGUGGAGCGCGACCCCGGCGAGCCGUCGAUGCUGAUCGUUACCUACGAGGGCGAGCACCGCCACAGCCCCGCCGGCCAGGACCCGCCGCCGCUCGCCCCGCUGCCGGAGCUGCCCAACCAUUAAAUUUUCAUCUUCUUUUUUUUCGGCAUACCUUCUCUGUCAAUUACUAGUACUAGUAGCUCUUAAUCAAAAAUCACCAUUAGGCUUGGGUUUAGCAGCUCCAAAUUUCUCGAUACCUCAUGUGUUCAUUUAGCAGCUUGUAAUAGAAUUAGGAAAAGAUGAAAGAUGUGUUAGCCCAAGGCUCGGAGAAGAAAAGGGUAAAUUAGGAAAAAA